CUGCCUUUCUUCUGUCGUCGUCGGCUCGUCGCCGCCGCCGCGCUGCCUCCCUCCCUCCAAUCGAGUGAACUCCCUCAACAGCAAGAGUCUACUCAUGGACACCGCUCUCUUCUCCGCCGCCUCCCUCUUCCACGGCGCUGACGACAGCGACGACGACCGAGAUGAGAUGCAGGUCGACGCCGAGGGGGAGAAGCAGGCGUUGGAGUUUGUGGAGAGAGCGCACGACUUCCCUGGCAUGAAACUGAGCGUAAGGGAAUUCUCAUCUCAUGAGCUCAACGCAAACUUGCUAUGGCCUGGGACAUUUUCAUUUGCCACUUGGCUGGUUAAAAACCAGUCAAUUUUGGAUGGACAACGGGUCCUGGAAUUGGGAAGUGGGACGGGAGCUCUGGCGAUCUUUCUGAGGAAGUCAUUUGGGAUGGAUAUCACAACCUCUGAUUAUGACGACAAGGAAAUUGAAGAGAAUAUAGCUUACAACUGCCGAGCUAAUAAUUUGGAUGUGCUACCUCAUAUCAGACACACAUGGGGUGAUCCUUUUCCAGUUUCCAGACCAGAUUGGGACAUUGUUAUUGCUAGUGAUAUUCUACUCUAUGUCAAACAGUAUGACAACCUGGUAAAGACAGCAUCCUUUCUUUUAAAAGAAUACAAGAAGACAAGUGAGAAAGCAGGCUGCACCACCAUCACAGACAAAUCAGGAACACAAGUACCUGCCAGAUCUCCCAUGUUUCUGAUGAGCUGGCGCAGAAGAAUCGGCAAGGACCAAUCGCUUUUCUUUACAGGAUGUGAGAAGGCGGGUCUCGAAGUGCGUCAUUUGGGUGAUCUCGUGUACCUCAUCAGCUUUAAGAGCUGAAAAUUUGAGGAAACGACGCCUCGCGAACGGCACCGGGGAAGUGCCUGCGGCUGGACAGUGUUAGGAAAUGAAACGCGUGGAAUUUGAAUAGGUUUUUGUUAGAGAGAUUUUGCUCCCUUUUUCCCCUUAUUAAAAUUGUUAUCUUAACGCACUCGAAGGACCUCCCUUGAUUCUUGUGGGGCUACACAUACUGCUGCUGUAUUUUGAAACUCAGAGAACAAAAACAUAACCCUUUUCUUACAA